AUGAGUCUGGAUUCUCUGCUACCCGUCGCCCCGGCGAGGGUACGGGCCUUGGUGCUGCCCAUCGGCCAGAUCAAACGAGAGCGCUUCCAGUCUUUUGUCCAGCGGCUUCAUGAAGAACAUGUUGUCCAACUCCGCGAUAUCAGCGCCGAUGGGCGCCCAAAUCGGAACAUGUUUUCCCCUCUCGCCUUUCCUGAUGGAUCAAUAUUCUAUGAUCUUAUCACAUACGUCCCACCGCCUUCUCACCUGGCUCUUUCGCCUUUCGACUUGUUUCGAGAGCCACUUGCCGUCAUUGCUAUUGCCGAUGGGAAAGAGUUGAAAGAUGUCACCUUCAGCAAGAGGCAAUCUGCCAAUGGCUAUGCGCCUACCAUGAUCGAGAAGAAUAUCCGUACUCUCUAUCAAGAAUUGGAAGAUCUAAGAGACACAUACCCUAAAGUCCUUACGCACCACGUGCUCAUUUUCGACCAUGACCCGUCCACAGAGAACGCGAUACGCCUACCAGAAGGUAUCACGGCCAUCCCUCCAGUUGAGCGCUCAAAUCGGACAACGAUGAAGACGGUCAUGUGCGAUAUAUCAUCUCUCUUGCUGGCAGAGAUGAACACACUCGCCAAGUCAUUUGAAGCUAUGACUUCUAUCGAUUCUCCCGGGCAGGCUCCGAGUCGGCCAGGACUUAACAGCACCACAUCCUGGACUUCAGAUGAUGCCAACCCGGCUGCGCGGAGGAACUCCCAGUUUGCAAUUUCGACUAUGACAAGAUCGUCGUCCACAGGUGGAACUGGGGAUAGGAGCCAGGCUCGUAUGUCAAUGCCCCCUCUUAAAUCGCUUCCUUUAGGCUCUAGCAGUUCGACACCCUCCGCAAGGCCAUCCACCCCUGUCCGGAGCGGUCUCUCUAAUCCACCGACUACCUUCGAUGAUAUCUCGGCAAAUGGAACUAGUUUGGGGGUUGCAAGCCCCGAGCAAAAGAACGGCUCACGCUCAGAUCGUAUCGAAGACAACACCAAGUCAACGAAUCAGGACAAGGUCUCUAUCCAAGGCUUUGGACCGGGCGGAAUAAAUGAGAAGUGGAGGAACAAGGCCAAGGGACGGGCCACCAUCAUAAUAGGGUCUUUAUAUCUUCAAGCUGGGCGCUGGAUCGAUGCCUUGAAGGAACUCACCGAGGGGGCGACGGUUGCGAAGUCGAUCAAUGACCAUCUUUGGCACGGCAAGGCGCUUGAGCUCAUCUUCAUUACUCUUCUUAUGCUUGCUUGGGCGGGAUACGAGUUUCAAGUACCAACAGUCUGUCUCUCACCCAACGAGAAGUCAUCGAGUAGCUUGGCUAAAGCUCAGGACGCCGAAGAGGCAGAUCCGACCCAGCCAAAACACAUGCGGAACUUUCAAAUUAUCAUUCCAGAUCUACUAGAUCGAAUCACUGGAUUAUUUUCGAGAAUAUCUGGGGAACAGCUUCCUCCAUUUCCCAUGUCAGAAACUAUCAUCAGAUUUUGUAACGCUCUCACUGCACUUCACUUGUGUGAGGGUAGACUCGGCAAAGAGUCGCUUGAGAUUAUGAUAUUUGGCAGAUACCCACCAAAAAUACUUAGUACCUCCCCUCGCCUUACUAUUAUACCUUCAAGAGGAUAUAUCAACACACUCUUAUUUAAAGCUUUCCCUUCAUCUGCACCUGAAUUACUCACAACUACAGAUCGUUCAAUUAUUUUAAGUGGCAUUGCUUCUCUUUUAGGCAUUCUGGGAUAUCACAGGAAAAAGGCACUGGUGGUACGUGAAUUAAUAUCAGUACUGAUUGGAGGGCUGGUUGAAGCAAGGACUAGAGGGGCUGCUGAAGUAGGUAUCCACCCAGCUGCUGGCCUGGUUGCUUUGGAUGCCACGAAGGGAUAUGGGAAGGGUGCUGGUGCGCUCGAUCUUAACGAAGGCGACAUAGAGCAAGGUAUCGAUGCAUUUCUUGGGCUACUUUGCAAGACGUAUGGUGUCGUCAAUUUCGAGGACACUUAUAUUGAGUCCGACGCCUCAUCUACAACUAGUGAUCUUGAUGAGAAUGUCAUCUCGAGAAUCAACCAUCAAUCAGCUUCAAGGCACUUCGGAUUUCCUAACGUCAAGAUCAAUAUUCUUCGCGCCUGCAUUAACUUUUCUGAGGCCCUCCCUGAUUUCAAUGGCGUGCUUAGAUUUUCCAGCGAUUUGCUACGCACUGCCGGCAGCGGCGUCGCGCCAGGCCCGCGCCGUGAAAACGCUGCUCCUAUGAUUUCACGAGAUGAGCAAAUUCGGCUAGCUACUAAUAUAUUGAAGACUUCUAGUCUGUCACAGAGGAUGGGCUUGACGCACUUAUCUGCUGAGUACUGGGAUGAGUUCUUAAUACGCGGUAUCACACUCGACCCUUUGCCAGUUACUAGGCCACCAAUACCACACUCUAAGAAUGUCCUGCCAGGUGUGACAGCAGCGCGCACUUCACAGGACGUUAACCCCUUCAUCUACAAUCCCUUUCUCAGAACGGCAGAUAAAUCAGCAUCCACGCAAACCCUUGUUGCGGACGAGCCUGCGACUUUCAGAGUUGUUAUACAAAACCCAUUUGAGAUUGACCUAGAGAUCGACAGUAUAAAGCUACACAGCGAAGGUGCAGAUUUUGAUUCUGCAAUAAUAUCCACAGUCAUAGGGCCCUACCGCACACAAAUACUGAAGAUUCAAGGGACACCGCGGAGCGCAGGUUCAUUGAAGAUCACUGGCGCGAUGGUGCGAGUGCUUGGUUGUCGAGAGAGAAGAUUUCCCAUCUUUUCACAACCAUGGACUCCUGAUCAUGAACUGAAGAUCAAGGGUAUUGGUUUAGGCGCACUCAAGAAGAACCACGCUUUGGCUUCGCCAGGAUCAUCACUCAAACCAGACAAUAUUGAAUUAAGUGUAAUAGCGGCCCAGCCCAUUGUGCUUAUAAAAUCUACAUCCCUUCCUCAGUCAUCGGUCAUGAUACUCGAGGGAGAACGUCGGACUUUCUCGGUUACUUUACAUAAUAUAUCUACAACGCCAGUAGAUCUACUUCUCUUCUCGUUCCAGGAUUCUACGCAAGGUUCUCUACAAGCAGCGCUGGCCAAUCGAGAUGCCACUGCCGCUGAAUUGCAUGAGUACGAGUGGCUUCUCGCUAAGAAGCAAGCACUCAGACUUUGUAAGGUCGACGACUCUAAACGGUACAUCGCACCAGACUCGACAGCUAUAUUUGAAUUCGAAAUUCUUGGCAAGCCGGGACUUACCAGUGGAACUAUACAAAUUGACUAUGCCCACCUCGGGAUACCUCAAUCAGAGAUCAAGAACCAAUUCUUUACUCGCCAGGUCUGUCUGGAUCUAACAGUUACGGUAAACGCUAGUGUCGAACUUUCAAGGGUGGAUAUUCUUCCCAUACAAGCAAACGUCCCAAAAACGAUAUGGAAUCGUGUAGGAUCACGUGAAACAAACGAAUUGGCAAGGACUGACAGCCAUUGCCUACUACUAAUGGAUCUUCGAAAUGCUUGGCCUAGCGAUAUGCAAGUCUCACUCAAAGUUGGUAAAGAGACUACAAUAGAAGAACACAUAUUGCCUGGAAACACCAACCGCAUUGUUGUACCUGUUCCAAUGAUAUAUAUUGAGGACCCGCACGCUUCUAUACCCGCUCUCAAUCCCGCCCGGCAACGACAAUUCGUUGUCAGUAGCAGCAAGAUCACACCGGAGAUCGAGCGUGGGAAUCGUGAGGCCUUCUGGUAUCGAGAGAAGAUGCUGGAAAACAUAUCUGGCACUUGGAAGACGUUGGCCGGGCCGAUAAGAGAAGGUGCCAUCCAUCUACGCGGAAUACGCCUAACGCCGCGUAUGAUUGAGGCCAUCAAGAUUGAUGAAGUCGCCAUUGAUAUCUCAGUCCAAAAGCCGUGCUCACAGCAACCUGCAAGCUCAGAGAGUAAUAUCUAUGUGGAUGAGUUCGUACAGAUAAAAGUGCAAAUCAUGAAUAGAAUGGAUAAGCCUGUGUAUCCCACUGUCCGCGUCAUGCCGUCGCUCUGCAACAGGCCCGUCAUCGUGGCGCUCGACUUUACACGCAAGUUUGCGUGGAACGGCACUCUGCAGCAGACCCUGCCUCUACUUGACGCCAAGUCUAGCACGGAGCUGCGAAUUGGCGCUACGGCACUGUGUCGCGGAGAAUUCGAAAUCUCAGCCUCUGUUGAGGAGACACGGCUAUGGAAGAAGCCUGUUGAGAGCGAGCCAAAGACGAAGGACGGGGAACAGGAAGUGACUAGACAGAGGGAUAGAGCGGAUACCCAGACAAUGAUGGAUGCUGUUCUUGGCUCUAGAGAAAGACGUAUCUGGCAUUCUAGGCGCCCUUGUGUUUUUGCUGUAUGCGAUAGACCCGAGUCAGAUGAGGAAUAG